CAUCAUUUAUGACAUACAACAAACAAAAUUUUUCCUCUGUUCUGUAAUAAAGUUUUCCCGGAAAUUGCAGUUAUGGUGUUUUAACUUUAACAAAAUUAAUAUUAUUUAUACUAAAGCAUUAAGUUAUAUAUUAUUCGCUCCUUAAACAUGUCAUCAUUCUUUCGAUGUGUUUUUGGACCUCGAAUUUACAAAUUGUACAGAAACUCUGAGAGACAGGGAAGAGAUUAUGAAGCUAAUGCUCUGGAACACUACAGUGAUAAUAUUGUUCGGACUGCCGUAUUUUCACUAUCAGUAGCAUGGUCUUUAGGAUUAUAUUCUUCUCCAUUAUUGGCUAGCAUAAUGUACAGGAAAGGUAAGUGUACUUUUUCAUUUUCUAUGUGUUGACUCUAAAAUACUUUU